AUGACCCAUGUCCCAACCACCACAGACGUCCUCCCCGGAGCGCGCGUCAACAUAGUUAUGAAGCAAGACCAACCGACCGGCCGCACCGUCUCCGGCGUCGUCGCCCAGCUCCUGACACGGGGAGACCACCCGCGCGGCAUCAAGGUCCGCCUCACGGACGGCAGGGUCGGGCGCGUCCAGAGCAUGGCCAUGUCUGGCGCCCGCGAAGCCCCAAGCUAUACCCCCGAGCCCCAGGACACCACGACCGUUUCUCCCGCGUGCCCCCUCUCCGACCGCCCGUCGAGAUAUGGCUGCCGACGCGGCGGCGCCCGCGGCCAUGGACAACAUCAAAAGCCGCUCGGGCAGCAGGCUGUUUUGCUCGAGGCGUACAUUAGGCCCUCGAGGAAACAGGGGAAGGGACCAAAGGGACGGGCACAGAAGGCUGGGUCGGGUAGUGCGCUGUCCGAGAACCUUAGUGAACAGGAGACGGCCUGCCCUGUCUGUAGGUUUCGAGGGGUUGCAGCGGCUGUCACACACCAUGUGCAGUCACAUUUCGACGAUUAG